ACCACAUAUAAAACCACACAACCAAAGUCCUCUCCUUCUCCUUCUCCUUCUCCUUCUCUCCUUCGAUCGUUAAACAAUAUUCCAUUUACGUUAGCACCCACUUGUUGAAAACUUCUACGCUUUCUUUCUGAAGCUUCUUCCUCGUCGAUCACCCAAGUCAUGAUUCCAGAAUAUGAUUAUCUUUUCAAACUUUUGCUCAUUGGAGAUUCUGGCGUUGGCAAGUCUUGCCUUCUUCUGAGAUUUGCGGACGAUUCUUACAUUGACAGCUACAUAAGUACCAUUGGUGUUGACUUUAAAAUUCGAACAGUGGAGCAGGACGGGAAGGUUGUGAAACUUCAAAUUUGGGACACGGCUGGUCAAGAACGUUUCAGAACAAUUACAAGCAGUUACUAUCGCGGUGCACAUGGCAUUAUCCUUGUCUAUGAUGUCACGGAUCAAGAAAGCUUCAACAAUGUGAAGACCUGGCUGCAAGAAAUUGAUAAGUUUGCUGUUGGAAAUGUGAACAAGCUGUUGGUUGGAAACAAGUCCGACUUAGCUGACAAGAAAGUGGUGUCUUCUGAAGCCAGCAAGGCAUUUGCAGAUGAGCUAGGAAUUCCGUUCUUGGAAACAAGUGCCAAAAACUCCACCAAUGUAGAUCAAGCGUUCAUGACUAUGGUUACAGAGAUAAAGAAUAGGAUUGCUACUCAACCGAUGAGUGCUAACAAGCCAUCCACUGUGCAUAUGCGCGGACAGCCAGUUAAUCAAAAGACCACCUGCUGCUCAUCUUGAAUUGUCGAUGUGAGGAUAAACUUGUUCCUGAUGGUGAUCGGAAGUCUCACAGGCUUCAAAACCCGAAAAAGAAACACACGUUACAUAGGGUUGCAGAAACAUGGUGCUUUACAUUGGAUUGUUAUUCGACUGUGUGCCUCCUUAUAUGUAUAGAAGAUCAGACUAUUAUUGUACCUGGUUCUCACAUAAUUCCUUGAUUUGGCAAGAACUUGUUUGAAUAAUUUUAGUCCUAAGCAACAUUUACAGUUCACUUAUCACAUUCAACAUUUGAUUUGA